AUGGACAAUCAUCAUUCCCGUAGAAACGAUACAUUGGAUUUAUCAGUACAUGGUACAUCAAUUCAACCUGGAACUAUAUCUUCACAUCCAUCUAGUACACAAAAUGAUUCUCAAUUAAGACAACCAGGAACUAUUUCUUUACGUCCAUCAAGUGCACGAAGUGAUUCUCAAUCAAAACAACCAGGAACUACAUCUUCACGUCCAUCAAGUGCACGAAAUCAUUCUCAGUCAAAACAACCACAAACACCUCCAAGAGGAGGCAGUGCUAAAGAACGUAGAACAAGUUUGAGUACAAGUUUAAAUUUAAGUAGUGCUAGACAAAGACGACUAAGUAAUAGUAGUCAACGAUCGGCUUUGAUUACAUCGCCACCUGCUGAAACUAAAAAAUCAAUAACUACAUCAACAUCAUCAAGUAUUUUUCGUGUAUUAAGCCCACAUCAACAUGAUGUUGAUGCAUUCUUUACUGAUCAAAGUCAACAAAAAUCUUUUGAACAAAAACCUGAUGAUGAAGAAUGGGAUGAAACACGUCGUUGGGUUGAUGAAAUUCAUCAUUUAAAUUCAUCAUUUACUGUAGAACAACAACAAAAACAACAACAACAACAAAAUCAUGGUGUUGGACCUAUGGGUAUGUCACGUGAUAGUCUUAAUGGAACUGUUACAGGCACGAAUUUUUUUCCAUCAAAUAACAAUCAACAUGAACAACUUAUGCCAACUUUUGAAUCAUUACCUACUGGACAAGUCAUAUCAACAGAAGUUGAUUUACAAGCUAAAAAUUCUUCAAUAACUAAUCAACAAUGGCAUCAACAAACUAAUGAAAGAAUUGAAGAAAAACAAUUACAACAACAAGAAUCAAAUGAUCAAGAAAGAUUAAUUUCAUCCGGAUCGACAACACCUACAGAAGAUAAACAUCACCAACAACAAGAAAUAACAUCACCGAAAGAAACUCAGAAAGAAAAUAAUACUAAUAAUAAUAGAUUAAAUAGUCGUCGAUUAUCAUCAGCUAGUAGUAGUAGUAGUACAUCAAGACAUCGAAUAACACCUAUAUCAUCACCAAUUCCAUCAGCUUCAAAUAUUGAUCAAAGAAUAAAAUACGUCAAUUCGAUGACAUCAUCAACAUCAUCAUCAACAACAACGACAACAUCAAAAGUAACCUUGAAUGAUGUUUAUGAAACAUUAAGAAAAUUAGAAGAAGUCGAAAAAUUUCCUAUACAACGUUCACUAGCAGAUGAUUUAGUCUAUAUCAUCGAUCCAACUACAGUCAUACCAUCUCCAUUUAUUGAUGAACUUCCACCAGACACUUCAAAUCAUGUUGAAUCUCUAGUUCGUCCUCUCAAUGAAACUAAUCAAAAUGAUCGAACUAUUGAAAGUGUUCGAUCACAAAAAUUUACGAAACAUGAAAUAUCAUCACCUAUAAUGACUCGUUUUACAACACCAUCUCAAUCAGAUCGACGACAACAAUCAAAAAAAUUUGUACAAUCAGUUUCUAUACCUCAUAUUCAAACAUCAUCAUCAAUCGAUCAACAAACACGAUAUGGAACAAAAAUAACAACACCAUAUAAAUCAUUAACAAUUGCGCCUUAUCGAACAAGUCUUCCAGAAGAUGAAUUUAAAAAUAGUAAUAAAACAAUUCAUGAUGAUAAAGAUACAAGAGUUUCAUCAAGAAUGGACUAUGAAGAAAAACAACGACAAUCAAUUAUUAAUCAACAACAUGAAUCAACUCUUCAUCGUAGUAAAGAUUUUGAACAGGAGUUUGAUUAUCAAUUACAAAAACAAAAAGAUGAAUAUGAAUCUAUUAUACAACGUCAUUUAAAAUUUAUUGAUCAGUUAAUUGAUGAUAAGAAAAAAAUAUCUCAUCGUUGUGAACUUUUAUUAUCUGAAUUAAAAACAAUCGAUAGAAAAUAUAAUGAUCGAAUGCGAUCUGUUGAAGAAACUCAUCGUAAUGAAUUACAAAAAUUAAAAGAUGUACAUGAAGCAGCUGAAAAAUUACGACGUGAACAUUGGAUUGAAGAAAAAACAAAAAAAAUAAAAGAAUUAACUGUACGUGGUUUAGAACCUGAAAUUCAAAAAUUAAUUAGUAAACAUAAAAAUGAAUUAACAAAAAUGAAAACUGUACAUGAAGCUGAAUUAUUAGCAUCUGAUGAACGUGCUGCACAACGUUAUAUUCGUAUGACAGAAGAAUUACGUGAUCAAUUAGAACGUGAAAAAGAAGUUUCUAUUGCUCGUGAACGUGAAUUAGCUCGAGAAAAAUAUGAAAAAUCAUUAUAUGAUGAAGAAAAAACAUUUAAUGAACAAAGACGUCGACUCUAUACGGAUAUUGAAGAAGAAAAAAAUCGACAAGCUGAAUUCAUAGAUAAACAACGUGCUGAUCUUGAUAAACUUCGACGUGAUAUAGAAGAAAAUCAUCGAACAGUUGUUGAUUCAACUAAACGUGAAUAUGAAACUAUACGUUUAGAACAAGAACAUCGACAUAAUAAUGAAAUUCAAGAAUUAAAAGAUAAAUUAGCAUUAGAAAAACAAAAUUGGGAAGAAAGUAUUAUGAAAAAACAAGAAACUAUAUUAGCUAAUAAAGAACGUGAAUUACGAGAACAAAUGAAACAAGAACGUGAUAAAGAAAUUGAAAAAAUUAUUGCACAAUUGGAAUCCGAUACAACAAUAAGUAAAGAAGAAGCAGAACGUUCAGCAGAAAAUCGUGUGAAACGUAUUCGAGAUAAAUAUGAAGCAGAAUUUCAUGAAUUAGAAAAUUCUGAAAAACAAACAAGAGAAAAAUUUAAUCAAAUUAAAGCUCAAAUAACUGAAGUUCAAGGUGAUAAUGAACGAUUACAAGUAUUACUUAAACAAAAAGAAACAGAAAUCAAUGAUAUCAAAAAGAUCACUGAUACAUUGCAACAAGAACGUGAUCGUCUAUCAGAAAUAAUUCGACAAGAAUUUGCAGAUCGUCUUGUAUUAACAGAAGAAGAAAAUCGUCGAAUAAAAGGUGAAAUAGCAGAAUUACGUGCUCGACAACAAUUAGAAUUAGAAAAGAAAAAAGAAGAAAUUGAAUUAUUACAACAACAACAAGAAAAAGAAUUAGAAACAAUACAUGAAAAAAUUAAACAAGCCAUUGCAAAAAAAGAUGAACAAGUACAUGGAUUACAUAUUCAAUAUGAAACUGUAGUUAAACGAGCUGAACAUCUUGAAGGUUUAUUAGCACAACAACGAAAAUUAGUUGCAGCAGUACCGUCAAGUGGUAUUAAUGUAUUGAAAAAAGUACAUCCGUCAUGA